UCGUGUCUUCUUGAGCCUUCGAGAGACGUCUUAAUACAAUAUUUGGCCAUGCGCCCACAAAGAUGCUAGGUCGCGACCCACUGUCGGCGUAAGGAGUGGUUCGGCAGGGAUCGAACCGCACAGUGUCGCGCAUUUUGUCCGCUAGCCUCGAAUCGCGACCAUUGAGGAUGAGCAUCACGCUCCGAAAUGCCACGCUCUGGCUUUCUAACCUCAUCCUCAUUGCGGCUCUUCUGAUCUUCGCAAAGGGAUUUUUCCCUCACAAAGCCUUCUUACCGGGGCUGGCGACAUGGCCCGCCACGUCCGAAGCAGGCCCUCGGUCGGCCCCGUUCGAUCGUGUCAUCUUUAUGGUUGUUGAUGCUUUGCGGAGCGACUUUGUCUACGGAAAUGCUUCGAGCUUUACUUUCACCCAAAGCCUCAUCAGAUCUGGCGCUGCUGUCCCGUUCACCGGCCAUGCCAGUCCGCCAACUAUAACGAUGCCGCGCGUCAAGGCCAUCACCACGGGCUCCGUCCCAAGUUUUGUGGACCUCAUUCUCAAUUUUGCAGAGUCGGACACGACGUCGACCCUCAAGGAUCAAGACACAUGGCUGGCCCAGCUACGAGCCAAAGGCGGCAACCUCGUCAUGUAUGGAGACGACACGUGGCUUCGCCUGUUCCCAGAUUUCUUCGCUCGAGCCGAUGGCACGACGAGUUUCUUCGUGUCCGACUUCACCGAGGUCGACAACAAUGUCACCAGGCAUAUCCCUGCUGAGCUAGCGAACCACGACUGGUCUGCGAUGACGCUCCACUUCCUGGGCCUGGACCAUAUCGGGCACAAGACAGGACCCAAAGGACCAAGAAUGCCGGCAAAACAGGCGGAGAUGGAUGGUAUCGUGCGGGACAUUUAUGCCAAAUUGGAAAGCUACGACCAUCUCAAGUCAUGCUUGUUAGUCCUGCUUGGUGACCAUGGGAUGAAUGAGGGUGGCAACCAUGGCGCAUCCUCCCCAGGAGAGGUUUCCACAGCUCUCACUUUCAUCUCUCCGAAGUUCAAAUCGGCGUUCGAAGGACAAUCUUGCCCCAUCGACGACGCAGCUGACUAUCAGUACUACAACACCGUUGAACAAUCCGAUAUAGUCCCGACCCUUGCUGCUAUGCUGGGAUUUCCCAUUCCCCUUAAUAACCUCGGGGUUAUUAUGCCGCGACUCUUGGAACUCUGGACGCAUCCCCGUGAUCAAUAUGCUCUCCUCUACAGCAAUGCAGAACAGAUUUUGCGGAUUGCACAAGCCACAUUUCCGAAAGAGUUCAGUCAAGUGUCAACAUCUGCCGAAUGCUCGGUGACUGAUGGAGACGACGCUGAAGUCCUUGCCUGUCUAUGGCAACAUGUCUCAGCGGAGCAUCAAGCUGUCGCCACGGACCAGACCUAUUCCACCCCACCGACAACUCGUCUCAACGCCUUUCUGUACAAAGCACAGAACCUUCUCAGUGGCACCGCCAGUAAUUAUGACCUCACUAGCAUGCAGAUCGGUAUAGGACUCAGCGUGCUGGCGCUGGCGCUCUGCGCGCCCAGCUUUGUACAGGGUGUCCUCUCAGCAGGUGUCGAUGGGGUGAUCCUGCUCGUCAUCAUGCUCGCAUUUGCCGUCACCAUGUUCGCCAGCAGCUACGUCGAAGAAGAGCACCAGUUCUGGUAUUGGACCCUUGCUGGCUAUCUAGUCGUCGUACACUGCCGAGACAGCCGGUUCACACUGGUCCACACCAAGGGGGUUGCCCGUUCUCUCCUGGAGGGACCCACGGGCACGGCGCUCGCAUACCUGCUGUUCGGCGUGGCCCGGCGAUGGAAGCAGACUGGGCAGAAAUACGCCGGCGAGGCCGACCUCCUCGGCGAGGUCAUCACGCCCAAUCCAUGGGUCCUCUGGAUGCUGGUCAUGCUCGCAUACAUGGCGCUGUCGCGCAACCUGAGCCGUCGGGCCGGGGUGUGGAUGGGCUCGCCGCAGAUGGGCAUCCUGCCGGCGCUGGUGUCCGUCUCAGCGUUCCUCUUCAAGAUCGCUUUCACCGCCGCGGACGCGCCCGAGCUGCUCGCCUCGUUCCCCGUCCUCAACCCGCUGGUCGGGUUCGUCUCGGCGUACCCGCUCGUCAGCAUGGCGCGGGUGGUCUUCCUGGGCCUCGCCCACCUGCUCGGCUGCGCAAUCUACUACGAGACACCGUGGAAGGGCGCGGCGCACCUCUUACGGUUUCUGACCGCGUUCCAGGACGUGUUGUCACUGCUUCUCAUCACGCAGACGCGCACCGUCUACGUGCCGCUGUUCCUGUUCUUCAACCUGCAGCUCUACCUUCUCCGGCGCGGCCGACGCCGUUCGGUGGGCGAGAUCGCCGUGCUCGCCCUCCUGUUCCAAUACGCCUCCUUCUUUACCUUUGGCAGCACGAACUCCAUCGCCACCAUCGAUCUGUCUAACGCAUACAACGGUGUCGCGGGCUACAAUAUGGCCGCCGUGGGCAUCCUCACGUUCAUAAGUAACUGGGUUGGUCCGAUAUGGUGGUCCUUUGCAAUUUGCCAGUUGUUCAGCUCUCUCCAUCUCCAAGGCGGUGCAUAUUCCUUCCUCUUUACGGCGUUGGCUACCUUUUCCUGCAUCCAUGCCUUGUCGGUCAUGGUGGCUUGCAUGGUCCUCCGAGAACACCUCUUUAUAUGGACCGUCUUCUCCCCAAAGUAUCUCUACACGGCGGCCUGGGUGGUGGGCCAGCACACCGUCAUCAAUGCAGUCUGUGUCGGGUCGCUGCUUUGGCGAACAGGGGGCUAAUUGUCGGAAAACCGGUAGAGAUAAUUUGGCCUCACGAAUAGAUAUAAAAUCUAGACAGGAUUUCAUCUCGACUACUUGUCGACAAUUUUAUAAAUGACCGUUCAGCUGUUCUUUCGAGGCGCAAAAGCCGUCGAAGAAUUGGCCGAUCCCUUGCGUAUCGUCGAUGGAGAUCACUUUCGAGACAUCUAGAGCAGCGAGGUCAGUAGGCAGGCAGGCCUCAAGCGCAGCGACAGGGAGUCCUGUGAAACGUACAUUGGUCAGGGCGCACAAUAACCGUGGCGCCUUUGUCCGGGUCGAUGCCGUACUUCUCAUACGCAUGGCCAUGGCCCGAGUUAUAAUGUUCAUCGUCGACGAACACUUUGUGGAGAUCUUUCAGCACGCAAAGAUGGAAAAAUCAGCAAAAAAGUAGUGAAUUCCUGC